UUUAACUCAUAAUUUAUAUGAAAUGACAGAUGGUUGUAAAAACAGCAAGGGAAAUAUUCAGGACUGGACGGUCAAGAGAAUAUGAAUUCCGUAAACAACAACUGCAAAGUCUUGUAGCGUUCUUUGAAAAUCAUGAAGAUGCUAUCCUUGAGGCUCUGCACAAAGAUCUUCACAAGCCACGCUUCGAGGGCCUUAUUGGAGAGGUAUUUAUGGUUAAAAAUGAUGCUGUAACAGCUCUUAACAACCUUGAGGAUUGGAUGAAACCAGAAUACACAGAAAAAGGUCUUCUCAACAAAAUGGAUACCUGUAUGAUUAGAAGUGAACCCCUGGGCGUGGCCCUCAUAAUAGGUGCAUGGAAUUACCCCAUUCAAGUGACUCUACUUCCACUUGUUGGUGCUAUUGCAGCAGGUAACUGUGCUGUCAUCAAGCCCUCUGAGGUUGCAUCGGCAACAGCUGAUCUUAUCAAGACACUCCUGCCCAAGUAUCUGGACGAGGAUUGCUACCCUGUAGUAUUAGGUGGAGUCGAAGAAACACAAGAACUCCUGAAACAAAAAUAUGAUAAGAUAUUUUAUACUGGUGGUGGAGCAGUUGGUAGACUAGUCAUGGAAGCCGCAGCAAAGAAUCUAACAAGAGUAACACUAGAGCUUGGUGGAAAAAGCCCAUGUUACAUUGAUGAUGAAUGUGAUUUAGCUGUGGUGGCAAACAGACUUGCUUGGGGGAAGUUUAGCAAUAGUGGGCAGACUUGUGUAGCACCUGAUUAUGUAUUAUGCAGCCCAGGAAUACAAGCAAAACUAAUAAAACAUUUGAAGGAAACAUUAUUUGAAUUCUAUGGAGAGGAUGCAAGAGAUUCUUCAAACUUUGGAAGAAUAAUAAAUGACAGACAUUUCCAACGUCUAAAGAAGUUGUUAUCCCAUGGAGAGUGUGUGAUUGGUGGAGAGACCGAUGAAAAAGACAGGUUUAUUAGUCCUACAGUACUUACAGGGAUUAAACCAUCAGAUCCUGUUAUGGAAAGCGAGAUAUUUGGACCUAUUCUACCAAUACUCAAUGUCAACAGCCUUGAUGAAGCUGUUGAGUUUAUUAACGACAGAGAUAAGCCUCUUGCGCUUUAUAUUUUUUCAACAAACAAGGAAAAGAUUAAUUAUAUCAUGGAAAACACUUCUUCAGGAGGAUUUUGUGCAAAUGACACUGUAAUUCAAGCUGCAGUUGAGUCAUUGCCAUUUGGUGGUGUUGGAGGUAGUGGUAUGGGUGCUUAUCACGGCAAGCAUUCGUUUGAUGUUUUCUCCCACAAGAAAGGCUGCCUCGUCAAGAGUCUUUGUAUGGAGUCAAUGAAUGC